AUGCGCCCGUGCAUGUUGUGGACACCAAGAGACGUGAAAACUACGAAAAUGCCUCGGCUGCAGCCACUGUUUGAGUAUAUCGUAUCGAACUACGCCGGCGGCAGGAUAACGGCACACACGGCGCUGGACGAUGCCAACAUGACUGACCAAUGCGGUCGAUCAGAUUGCCGUCACGCGUCACAGUCAAUGGCGGCGGUAGCGACGACGACGAAGGGCUCGCACGUGAAAGCAAACACAAGCACAAGUUCAGCUUACGAAGUCACCUGA